AUGCAGUUAGCGGUCAAUCAGGAGGACACCAACAUCUUGCUUGGUGAGAGAAACACGCUAAGUGAAUCUGUCUUAGACAAAUACAGAACCGCCGGCCACAUCACUCAGACAACUUUGAAGUACAUCACCCAACUUAUAAAUGAUUCCUACCACUUGAGCAAGACCCCUAAACCUUACACUGUCCAGGAACUCUGUGUAUUGGGUGAUUCCAUGCUUGUCAAGUUGCUCAGCAACGUUUACAACAACUCCGACAAGGUCAGAGAGAAGGGUAUUGCUCACCCUGUCUCCAUCGAUGUUAAUGAGUUUGUUAACAAUGUCUCGCCCGAGUUGGACGCAAACUCUCCCGAAUACACCCUCCAGCAAGGUGACGUGGCUACUAUUACUGUGGGUACCCAGAUCGAUGGUUACACCGCCUUGUCCUCGCAUACUGUUGUCAUUUACCCACCAGGAGUGUUGGUGGACAAUGAGUUGAAGCCUGCUGGUCCAUUAUUGGGAGCUAAGGCCGAUGCCAUGGCUGCCACCUACAUUGCUACCGAGGCUGUUGUGGCUCUUUUGGGCCUUGCAUUGACCCCAGAAAAAAUGGCCUCUGUUCCUGGUUUAGAGAACACUUCUGCCAUCACCGGUUCAAUCAUCAGAUCUAUGGUGGACAGCAUUGCCGAGUCUUUUGGAUGUGUGGUGAUUCCAGGCUCCAAAGUCAGACGUGUCAGAAGAUUUUUGGCUGGUCAGGCUGAGGGUAUUGUUGCUGAGCGUGACUUUAAGGGUGUGGUUUGGGAUGAGAGCAGCCAGGAGGCUAGCCUUCUUCAAAAAUCGACUGGCUCUGACUUGAUUGUGCACAGCAACCCCGGUGCCCAGAGUACUAAUAACUCCUCUGCUAUCCCAACCGAUGAGUUUGUUGUGGAGGCCGGAGAGGUCUACAACAUUGACUUGAGAUUGUGUUCCACUGUAGACUUUGAAGUCAAGGGUUUGAUCACUUUGGAGGAUGUUCAAGACGUAAAGCCAACUGUAUUCAUCCGUGAUGUUGCCAUCACCCACCACUUGAGAUUGAAGGGUGCAAGAAAGUUGUUGGGAAUUGUGGACAGAGACUUCUCUGUUUAUCCAUUUAAAUUGACCCACACAUGUGAGUCUUUCCCAGUCAAGUUUGAGGAAGGCAACGUUAGAGAGCAACUCGAGGCCAUUAAGGGCCAAGUAAAGGUACACAAGUUGGGAUUGAGUGAGUUGACCAACAGAUACUUGGCCAGACCAAAGCCUAUCCAGGCCGUCAAGCACAUUCCAUUUUCCAAGAUCUUGACCACUUCUAACCCCACCGGAAAGCAUGGCAUUGAUGCUGCCAAGUUGACAUUACCAGGAAAGGAGAUUCCUUUACCUCAAUUAAACAUUAGUGCAGUUAAGUUGAAGUCUCUUUUGAAGUUUGGAGCCAGAGCUCCAGCUGUGGCUAGAGAGUCUACUACUGUUGUAUUGAACAACCUCAAUAACGAACUUUUGAGAUUGACAGGAGGUAUUCAGGCCGUAAGACCUUCAUGGGUGCACUCCAAGUACCAGCUUUCGGGCCCAUAUGCUGGCCAGGUUCAGCAGUUGAGUCAGUUGGUGCAAGACCAAAGAUUUGGUAUCAAGGUGAAGGAGGUGCAGCCAUACAAAUUGAACACGACAGCAUUGAACUUGGAGGAGACCAUGCAACUUGAUUAA